AUCAAAAGUAUAAAUAUGGCUUUGACUCUCUUGCUCCAUUCAACAACCACUUUCCCCCCUCUCCCUCUAUCUGUUGCUGCUGUUCCGUGAUUUCUCGCAGGAAAAAAUGGAGAUUUGUCUAUGGUUACUGGUGGCUUUGUCUCUGUUGCAGAGCACAAUUGUAUCUUUAGCAAGUGCAGAUACUUAUGACCCACGGUUUUUUUUGGUGUCUAAUAUCAGUUUAAGGGAAAGACACUCAGAAGAGUAUUGUGCAAUGUAUGAUAUUUGUGGAGAACGUAGUGAUGGGAAGGUCUUGAACUGUCCUUAUGGUUCCCCAUCGGUGAAGCCAGAUGAGCUGCUUUCUUCAAAGAUCCAAAGCUUGUGUCCAACAAUCACUGGUAAUGUUUGUUGUACAGAAGUUCAGUUUGACACAUUGCGGGCCCAAGUCCAACAAGCGAUUCCUUUUCUUGUAGGUUGCCCAGCAUGCUUGAGGAACUUCUUAAACCUUUUCUGUGAACUUUCCUGCUCACCUAACCAGAGUUUAUUCAUCAAUGUGACAUCUGUUUCCAAGGUUAAUGACAGUUUGACCGUGGAUGGCAUUGAUUUUUAUGUAACUGAUGCUUUUGGUGAAGAGAUGUAUAACUCUUGCAAGGAUGUAAAAUUUGGGACAAUGAAUAGUCGAGCCAUGGACUUCAUUGGUGCAGGUGCUCAAAAUUUUAAAGAAUGGUUUGAAUUUAUUGGUCGUCAAGCAGAUCUUGAUGUCCCUGGUUCACCAUAUGCCAUUAAUUUCCGGUCAAGUAUCUCUGAUUCCUCUGGGAUGAAACCUAUGAAUGUAUCUGUCUAUUCAUGCGGUGACACUUUGCUUGGUUGUUCUUGUGGUGAUUGCCCUUCUUCUCCCACAUGCUCCAGUUCACCACCCCCUCCUCCUCCCAAAAGAUAUACCUGUUCAAUUAGUAUCUGGCCUUUAAAGGUUAGAUGUAUCGAAUUUGCAAUGUCUAUCCUAUAUAUUAUUUUGGUUUCUGCUUUCCUUGGAUGGAGCUUGUUUCAUAGGACAAGAGGAAGAAGGAGACUUGCUUCCAGAUUGAAACCUUUGUUGAAUGUCAUGGAUGAAAGUGAACUCCAUUUUCUUAACAAGCAGAAAGAUGAGAACCUUACUUUACAGAUGCAUGAAGAGGUUCCUCAAACGGUAAAUGGUGAUCAACUUUCUAUUGUGCAAGGAUACAUAUCGAGUUGGUAUAGGAGAUAUGGAUCAUGGGUUGCUAGAAACCCAACUCUUGUUUUAUGUUCAUCGUUGGUUGUUGUUCUUCUACUCUGCCUAGGUUUAAUCCAUUUCAAGGUGGAGACACGACCUGAGAAGCUAUGGGUUGGUCCUGGAAGUAGAGCUGCAGAAGAGAAGUACUUUUUUGACAGCCACCUAGCCCCCUUUUAUAGAAUUGAACAGCUUAUAUUAGCAACUAUUCCUGAUCCAAAGAAUGGGAAGUCACCAAGUAUUGUGACAGAAGAUAACAUUCAGCUACUCUUUGAAAUACAAAAGAAGGUUGAUGGAAUUCGUGCAAAUUAUUCUGGAUCAAUUGUAGCCCUAUCUGACAUAUGCUUGAAGCCACUCGAUCAGGAGUGUGCUACUCAAAGUGUCCUGCAGUAUUUCAAAAUGGACCCUGAAAAAUAUGAUGAUUAUGGGGGAGUUGAUCACGUUGAGUAUUGCCUUCAGCAUUACACCUCUGCGGGUACAUGCAUGAGUGCAUUUAAGGCUCCUCUUGAUCCAAGCACAGCAUUGGGGGGAUUUUCCGGGAACAAUUAUUCAGAGGCUUCUGCAUUUAUAGUAACUUAUCCAGUAAAUAAUAUGGUUGAGAAAAAAGGCACUGAUGCUGGAAAAGCAGUGGCUUGGGAAAAAGCUUUUGUUCAGUUGGCAAAGGAAGAGCUGAUGCCGAUGGUGCAAUCUAAGAAUCUCACACUUUCCUUUUCAUCGGAAAGCUCUAUUGAGGAAGAACUGAAAAGAGAAAGUACUGCAGAUGUUAUAACCAUUUUGAUAAGCUAUGUUGUGAUGUUUGCUUAUAUAUCUAUGACUUUGGGAGGUCCACCUCAAUUUUCAUCUUUCUACAUUUCAUCCAAGGUGCUACUUGGCUUUUCAGGAGUUAUUGUUGUCAUGCUUUCUGUUCUUGGAUCUGUAGGAUUUUUCAGUGCUAUUGGAGUAAAGUCUACACUAAUAAUAAUGGAAGUUAUUCCUUUUCUCGUUUUGGCUGUUGGAGUGGAUAACAUGUGUAUCUUGGUACAUGCUGUCAAACGGCAACCACUGGAGUUGCCUUUAGAAGGGAGAAUAAGUAAUGCUCUGGUUGAAGUUGGGCCAUCUAUAACAUUAGCUAGUUUAUCUGAGGUUUUGGCAUUUGCAGUUGGAGGUUUCAUUUCAAUGCCAGCAUGCCGUGUAUUCUCCAUGUUUGCAGCCUUGGCUGUUCUUCUGGACUUCCUUUUGCAAGUUACUGCUUUUGUUGCCUUGAUAGUUUUUGACUCUUUGCGGGCUGAAGAUCAUAGGGUUGACUGUUUUCCAUGCAUAAAAGUUCUCCAAUCCUCUGCUGAACCUGAUGGUGGGAUUGGUCGGAGAAAGCCUGGAUUGCUGACUCGAUAUAUGAAGGAAGUCCAUGCACCGAUUCUUUCUCUUUGGGGAGUUAAAAUGGUUGUCAUCGCAAUCUUCGUUGCUUUAACUUUAGCAAGCAUUGCAUUAUGCUUGAGAAUACAACCUGGUUUAGAACAACAGAUUGUUCUUCCCCGAGAUUCAUAUCUUCAGGGAUACUUCAGUAAUGUCUCUGAGCAUCUUAGAGUAGGUCCGCCAUUAUAUUUUGUGGUGAAGAACUAUAAUUACAGCUCAGAAUCAAGACAUACAAACCAAUUAUGCUCUAUCAGCCAAUGUGAUGCAAACUCUCUUUCAAAUGAGAUAGCAAGAGCAUCCUCGGUUCCAGAGUCAAGCUACAUUGCUAAGCCAGCUGCUUCGUGGCUUGAUGACUUUCUUGUUUGGAUAUCUCCAGAAGCAUUUGGUUGUUGUCGGAAGUUCACAAAUGGGAGUUACUGCCCCCCUGAUGAUCAGCCUCCAUGUUGCUCACCUGAUGAAGGUUAUUGUGGCAUAGGUGGGGUAUGCAAAGAUUGUACCACGUGCUUCCGUCACUCAGAUUUGCAUAAUGGUCGACCUUCUACAGCACAAUUUAGGGAGAAACUUCCAUGGUUCCUUGAUGCCCUACCAUCUGCUGAUUGUGCCAAGGGUGGGCAUGGUGCUUACACUAACAGUGUGGAUCUGAAUGGUUACGAAAAUGGUGUCAUACAAGCUUCAGAGUUUCGUACAUAUCACACACCACUCAAUAAACAAAGUGACUAUGUUAAUUCAUUGCGAGCCGCACGAGAGUUCAGCUCGAGGGUUUCAGAUUCUUUGGGGAUUGAAAUUUUUCCAUAUUCCGUCUUUUACAUGUUUUUUGAGCAAUACCUGGAUAUUUGGAGGACAGCAUUGAUCAACCUUGCAAUUGCUCUCGGUGCUGUGUUUAUUGUAUGCCUGGUAAUCACUUGCAGUAUAUGGAGUUCCGCAAUUAUCUUAAUUGUCUUGGCAAUGAUUGUUCUAGAUCUCAUGGGUGUGAUGGCAAUUCUAGAAAUUCAACUGAAUGCAGUCUCUGUUGUAAACCUAGUAAUGUCAAUAGGGAUAGCUGUUGAGUUUUGCGUGCAUAUUACACAUGCUUUCUCGGUAACCGAUGGAGACAGAGGCCAACGAGCAAAGGAGGCUCUUAGUACCAUGGGAGCUUCUGUCUUCAGUGGAAUUACACUUACCAAGCUAGUUGGAGUGAUCGUCCUAUGCUUUGCAAGAUCAGAAGUUUUUGUGGUUUAUUACUUCCAAAUGUACCUAGCACUGGUACUUAUUGGGUUCUUGCACGGGCUUGUAUUUUUACCCGUGGUAUUAAGCAUUUGUGGACCCCCGUCAAGAAGAUGUCUACUGAUUGAGAAGAAAGAAGAGGAUCAAGUGUCAACUUCAUCACAGCUCUAGCUGAUGUAUAUAAUGUAUUGAAAAUCCCAUUUUUAUGUUUUGUUUGUUUUGUAUUGCAAUUGCAUGUAAUAUAUAUGAUCUAAACAUAAUGAAAUAGUCUACUUGUAUUGCAAUUGCAUGUGAUAUGUAUGAUCAAAUAGAUCGGGUCAAACUGAUAUGCCUAGACCCAAAUUUGAUUCGUAAAUUUUUUGAUGAAUCAAAUCAUCCAUCCUAUUUAUCAGA